AUGAAACUCGCUUUGGUGCUUUUCGCCGUUGUAGCGUUGGGUUCGGCUUAUCCGACCCACAGAGAUCUUCAAGGCGAUCUUGAAGAUAUCGUCUCAACCAUUCCAUUAUCCGAAAUCAGAGCAAUUGCUCGUAAAUAUGCUGAAAACGAUGCCGAAUUUCAAGAAGUUGUAAAAUAUUUGCAAGGACCCGAAUGGGCUGAGCUUGUUCAAACAGUUGCCGACAACGAAACAUGGCAAAGAUUCAAAGCUUACAUGUCAGAAGCUGGAGGCAACCUUUAUUACUCUCAGUCUCAACUCCGUUUAGAAGAUCACCUCUUCUGA